AUGGCCAAGGUGGAGGUGCAGAUCCGCAGCUGCUUGUGCUGCGGAUUAUCGCUUGCUACUGUAUUCGUCGCUAUCUACACUUUGAUCCUCUACUCACUGCUUACUGGGUUGGCUGCAUGGGGCUUAUCCGACACGUUGAAUAAUGGCGAUUCGUCGCAUUAUCGCAGCUGUGAUUUAGAGGCACAGGGCAAACUCACUGCAGAGAAUCGCAAACUCACCUUUCACGGUGGACACACCACUGUAGUUGUCGAGGACUCGACUACCUACCACUGCUCCUUUGGCCUCUAUACGGAAGAACUCAAAUAUGAAGCUGGAUUGCGCUACACCACUCUGGUGGUGAACAUCUUCGUUUACGUGUGUGUCGUUCUCGCCUCUAUUCUGAUGCUUCUCGGUUUGUUAAUCUACAACCAAUGGCUAUUGGUUCCGUGGAUGAUUAUCAUGGCCAUCGACAUCAUCCGUGGUUUCAUCUCAGUGCUCUUCAUCUUUAUUUAUAGCUACGGAAAUCUUGCACGAAUUGCAACCGCCAUCUUCUUUCUGGGAUUGCAGUUCUUUCACAAUUCACUUUCUGUAGUCGAAUCGAGAACGCGCCAGCCCGGCUACCUCAGGUCUUCACGGGAAAUUACUCCACCAGCAUUCUACGACAUUCGAGGUGAAAUGAAAAACGUCAGACAGCAAUCAAAGCCACACGUAAAAACUUGGAAGAGCUUCGUGGACGAUGUUCUCGAGAAAAUGAAUUGGGUGUGA